CAAUCUCAGCAAGACAGUUCAUCGGAAGACGAGAGAACCCUAGGUGUGAAGUUCAAGAUAACUCAACAGGUCGUCGCCGUCCCGGCCGAGUGGGGACUACAUGGCGCCGAUCAGGUAACUCCCUCAAUGAGGUCUGUUGAAGAAAAAGCCCUGCGCUUUGAGGACCUUCGUCUUCGGAUUCACGCGUUCAAUUGCGAACGUGCUGCGGUCACCGCUGAUCUCAUGAUCAAGCACGCCAGGCUCCAAUCCCAACUUCGUACGGACGCAACCACAGCUGCCGCGUACCAGAUGAGAGCAUGGAGAGACUACUACACCGCCAGCAAGGCCGCUGGAGAGCUCGGCGAAGAGAUACCUCGUCCAGUGUUCCCUGCCACUCUGGAAUCGUUCGAAACGUUCCUGCCCGAUAUCUCAACCCUUCUCAAAACAUCAAUGGCUCCGUACUCUCCAGGCUGGAUCAACCUCGGGCAUGGCCAAUCAGCUCCUGAAGGCUCGUCCGCGACUACGGGAAGCUCUGCCGCGACUACGGGAAGCUCUGCCGCGACUACGGGAAGCUCUGCCGCGACUACGGGAAGCUCUUCCACGACUACUGGAAGCUCUUCCACGACUACUGGAAGCUCUUCCACGACUACUGGAAGCUCUUCCACGACUACUGGAAGCUCGACUCCUGCAGCCUACAACCUCCGUGCCACUGACUUGGACAAACAUGUUCAGAUUCAUGUUGCCGGGGCCGACAUAAAGGGCCAGAAUACCGACUUUUCGCUCCAAGAUUAAGUACAGAUCCAGCCCAUCCCAAGUGCCUCGUUUCGGACUCGUUCUCGGUUUGGACUCGCUGUCGUUCUGGACUCGCUCUCAUUGUAGGCAUGCUGUCGUCUCGGGCUCGCUCUCGUCUAAGCCGCUCAAAGGCUGUACUGUGUAUAUUUCUGGCUGUAAUCCCUGGACAGCACUUUACACCGUGUCUGCCUUCCGAAUCUCUGUACUAUAAUUCAUGCCCCCUAGCGUACAAACGCAUCUGUUCGUGCACCUGGCGCGCAAGUUAAAGCCUCCGCUCAGUUGCAAU